AUGGCUGAACCAGAAGCACAGCAAUCUCGCCGCUUGUCGGCUGACAACCAAACAAUUUCCAAAUCUGAGAUUCCUCUGAACGAACGGUUCUUUCGGUUCUUCCAACAUGAAAUUACGGCGCUGCAGCAGCAAAUGGAUAAUCUGACCGACACCUCUCUGGUUGGUGGAGAGCGUGCAGAUGCGACUGAUCACUGCCUUGCAGGGAUUGUGCGGCUAUCGAACGAAGUCAAAGAUGCUGCAAGCUAUAUCCCCACCUAUGACCAACGAGUCUAUGCCGAGGCUAUCAAAGCACUGCAGGAUAAGCUGAAUGAACUCCGGGCUUCAUUCGAGCCGCGAGCCAAGUUCAGCUUCAAGACUAAGAAAAAUGCCUCCGCCGUAUCUCUGUCGGAUGCCGCAAAUCUAGCUGCCGAAGGACGCCGCAGUGUCCCAGGAUUCGGAUCCCCUGGGGCCUCAUCGUGCGAUUCAUCCGCAAAUCAUACCCCCAACUACCCCUCCACCCCGCUCAAUGAACCGGAUAAGCAGCUCCAGGAGCGUCCCGAAAUUGCGCCUACGUCUUUCCCUUCCAUCGAGGCAGCUGCAGGCACCGCUUCAAAGGCAGAGACAGAUUCGAAGUCUACCAAGUUUGCGACAACCGGCAUCACGUCUGUGUCCGUUGAUAACCACUAUGGCCUGCACAUUAUGCUCCCAUCCUCGGGGUCCGUAGCCACGGUCCCUGCGUCUAUCACUUCGUUGCGACACUGUGUCGUGGAUAUGUCUAUUCCCACAGCCAACGGAAAGCCCUAUGCGACCUUAACUAUCAAGAACAUCAAAGAGAGUCUCCUUAUCUGUGGACAGGUCCAUGGCCCUGCACACAUCACCGGUGUCGAGCACAGCGUACUGGUAGUAUCGUGCCGCCAGUUCCGUAUGCAUAACUGCAAGGACGUGGAUGUCUAUCUGAGCUGCUCGAGCAACCCCAUUAUCGAAGACUGCUCUAAUGUCCGCUUCGGUCGGAUUCCCAAAGCAUAUGCCCUCGACCACGAUCGUCCCGACCAUGAGGAUCGCUGGAGCCAGGUCGAAGAUUUCAAAUGGAUCAAGCCGGAGCCUAGUCCCAACUGGAGCCUUUUGGACCCCGCUGACGCUGUGCCGGAGGAGGUAUGGGCGGAGAUCGUUCCCGGCGGGCCGGGAUGGUCCCUCGAAGACAUUCUUCAUGCUAUCAAGCUUGUGAAGUAA